UGUCCACAUUUUAAUUUCAUUAAUGUAUACGUAACUACUAGCUACAGAAAAUAUCCCACAUUCGAAAAAAGCCAAAAUAUUUAUCGCUUAAAUUCACACGCAAUGUCCGAUCCUUUUCCUGUUACAAGACAAACGCCACCAGAUUCCAUCUUAGUAGUUUCAUUUCGAUACACUCCGUCGAUCGAUCGUGGGAAUGGAGACUGUCUCCUGCUGCUCCAUAAAUUCGCAUUCAUCGUUCCACAGGUAUACCAAUUUCCAUUAUCAUACUAAAUCCAUCAAAUCCCGACCAAGUUUCAUCGUUUCCGUAUUCAAAACACCAAUUGCCCGAAGAAGUCGAAAAGAAGAAAACCCGCCUAAUGUCGAGUCCAGAAACACGUUACUCGAAAAAGUAUUUAAAAUACUUGACAAAGUUAUUGUGGAUUUUCUCGAUCCUCCACUUCACUUAUCUAUUGACGCGAACUAUAUUUUAUCUGAUAACUUCGCACCGGUCAGUGAACUGAGUCCGACCGAGUGCGAUGUCAUACACGGUUCCAUACCUGCAUGUCUUAAUGGGGUUUACAUACGUAACGGACCGAACCCACAGUUCCACCCUAAUGGUCCACACCACUACUUUGAUGGUGAUGGGAUGGUCCACUCGAUUAGGAUUUCCAACGGUCGAGCCACUUUCAAUAGCCGAUACGUGAAGACCAACAAGUACCUAAUCGAGCACCAGCAUCGAUCCCACGUUGUCCCCAAUGUCAUAGGAGGGACACGUGGGAUCGGCCCGUUUAUGGCUCGUGCAGCAGUAUUCGCUGCACGAGUUAUUUUUGGGCAGUAUGAUAUUAUCAACGGAAUAGGCGUUGCCAAUACAAAUGUAUCGGUUUUGGGGGGGAAAGUGUAUGCCUUAUGCGAAUCCGAUAUUCCUUAUGCAGUCAAAGUUAAAGAUGAUGGAGAUGUAAUAACGUUAGGCCAUGACGACUUUGGUGGGAAGCUUUCCAAGAACAUGACGGCUCACCCGAAGAUUGAUCACAAGACAAAGGAGGCUUUUGCGUUUCGUUACUGGGCCACAAAGCCGUAUCUUACUUACUUCCGGUUUGAUUCAAAUGGAAAUAAGCAGCCGGACGUUCCCAUCUUCUCCAUGGAACACCCUUCUCUGACACAUGACCUGGCUAUCACCCAAAAGUAUGCAAUCGUCUGUGAGACUCAAAUUGGCGCGAGUCCCAUGAACCUGAUCCACGGAGGUCGGCUAGUCGGUGUAGACUCUACAAAAGUUCCGAGAGUCGGUGUUCUUCCAAGAUAUGCGAAUGAUGAGUCGGAUAUGAAGUGGUUUGAGGUGCCUGGAUUCAAUAUAUUUCAUGCCGUGAAUGCAUGGGAUGAGACGGAGGAAGAUGGCAGCGAGGUGGUGGUGCUGGUGGCACCCAACAUAUUGUCGGUGGAACACUUUUUUGAUCGAGCUGAUCUGAUCCAUGGAUCCAUGGAGAAAGUGAGGAUUAAUUUAGGAACUAGGAUUGUGUCCAGGAAAACUUUGUCAUCAAACAGCUUGGAGUUUCCUGUGAUCAAUCCAGCCUUCAUCGGUAAAAAGAACAAGUACGUUUACGCAGCAACCUCAGAGCAAUCUCCGGCAAAAUGUAGGAUGAUGAGGGCAUCAGGGGUGGCAAAACUAGACAUUGCAGCAACGGAAGAGAACAAUGAAAGAGAUGAGUGCACAAUAGCUAGUCGGAUUUAUGGAAAUAAUUGCUUUGGAGGUGAGCCGUUUUUCAUUGCCAGAGACCCAGAAGAUCCGAACAUGGAAGAAGAUGAUGGGUAUGUUGUGUGUUAUGUGCAUGAUGAAAGCUUGGGGGUGUCGAAAUUCUUGGUGAUGGAUGCCCGGUCGCCGACUCUUGAAGUGGUUGCGGAGGUGAAACUGCCGCAAAGAGUGCCUUAUGGUUUACAUGGGAUAUUCAUUAGGGAAAAGGACCUCAAUGAGAUGUGAGGAUCUAGUUG